AUGUUAUUUUUUUUUUCAGGUGUGGACAUUGUAAAAAAGCUUGCACCUGAAUGGAAGAAGGUUGCAAAGAAUUUACAAGGAAAUGUGAAGCUUGGACACGUGAACUGUGAUGACGAAAAGUCUUUAAUGAGCAGGUUUAAGGUACAAGGGUUCCCAACUAUAUUAGUAUUUGGUGCAGAUAAAGGGAGUCCAAUCACAUAUGAAGGAGCAAGAACUGCAUCUGCAAUUGAAUCAUUUUCCCUUGUUCAGCUAGAAACAAAUGUUGCUCAUCCUGAAGUGAACGAGUUGACCAGCUCAGAUGUGAUGGAAGAGAAAUGUGGUUCAGCUGCCAUCUGUUUUGUUUCCUUCCUCCCUGAUAUUUUGGACUCUAAGGCUGAGGGAAGCAAUAUGUAUAUAGAGAUGCUUCUAUCAGUUGCUGAAAAGUUCAAAAGGAGUCCUUACAGGAAACCCUUCAGGCUUCUCCCCUUUGGAGUUCAACCAAAAUUAACAAAUGAUGAGAUGACAAUUCUUAGAAGGGAAUCUAUGUCUUUAAGGGAAGUCAAUCCCAUGGCCUGCAUUCUUCCAAAGCACAAGUUUCUUUGUAUUUUUCCGUAUAGCUUUGUGAUAGUGAGACAAUUUGUUGAUAAAGCGGAAUUUCAAGAUUCUAGUGUUGAAAAGAUACUAAACUUGCUAUUCAACCACUGUGAAAGUGAGGAAGAAGGUGUCUGGAAUGUGGUAGCUGAGUGUCUGGGAAAAAUUGCUCUGAUCAAGCCUUCAAAACUUGUUCCUGCCCUCAAGGAGCGAACAACUAGUCCUACUGCAUUCACCAGGGCAACGGUUGUUGUUGCUGUGAAGUAUUCAAUAGUUGAAAGACCAGAGAAUAUCGAUGCAGUCCUGUACCCGGAAAUUUCCUCCUUUCUUAUGCUUAUCAAGGAUCAGGAUCGGCAUGUUAGGCGUGUAGCUGUUUUGGCUUUGAGUAUAGCUGGCCACAACAAGCCAAAUCUCAUCAAGGGCCUUCUUCCAGAACUCUUGCCACUUCUUUAUGAUCAGACAGUUAUUAAGAUGCAUAAAUUUCGUGCUUACGUAUUGGGAUUUGUUGGUCAUCCUGUUGGUGCCUCACCUGGGCUUACAGGGAUAACAGUUGACAAAUCAGUGGAGUUUUCAUAUGAAGAGCUUUCAAAGGCUACAAAUGAAUUCAGUCUUGCUAAUAAGAUUGGUCAAGGUGGUUUUGGUGUUGUUUAUUAUGCAGAACUCAGAGACGAGGUUUGGAAUAUUAGUUUUAGAUAUAAUUAUAUUAUUUUAUCUGUUAACACAUGUUCAUCAUCUAAACCUGGUGCGUUUUAUAGGAUAUUGUGUGGACGGCUCCUUUUUUUUGGUGUAUGA